AUCCCAGGAUAAGCUUCAGUCGGAUCCCCGAAAAUGACGGAGACGCAGAAGCCGCGCCGAGUCUCCACGGAUUUCAGUAUAGCUCGGAUCCUAUCGAACGACCGCCCGACAAGUUCCACCGUUAACCAGGAAGCUGAUCAAAUUCGGACUCCGGGGCCUCCCUCGCGGCUCGAGGACUCUCAAAACCUGGACCAACGAUCGUCUUCCCUGACGAAGGCCCUGAAAACCGAAAGCACCAUCGGUGAAGACGUCGCGAGGUGUUCCGGCACCAUGGAGAAGCACUUGCCGGCUCGAUGUACUUUCACGGGGAACGCCGAUCCGAACAUCGCCAGGGAUUUGCCAUGGCUGAGGUGCACCAGGUACCACCCUCCCAGGCUCCCCAGGAAGCCUUCUUCGGGGAGGAACACCAAGCGACGUCCUGGCACGCACCCCAGAAUCCCGUUCACGGCGCUACAGUUGCAGAUCUUGGAAGAGAGGUACAAGGACGGAGCUUACCUGGCCAGAAGGGACGUCGUCCAUCUCUCCGCCAUCUUAAGACUUCCUCAGAGCAGAGUGAAGAUCUGGUUCCAAAAUCGACGCGCCAGAGAGAGGCGGGAAAAUCAUCUACAAAGUGGCGCCGUGAAGUGAGACGCUCUCCCGCUCCUGUAAAAAGUUGCUUCUUCUCCACGCAAUGUAUGCA